AUGGCAGGGUCUAGUGGAACCGAUGUUGUUGUUACUUUAGGCACUGAUGCCCAGCAUCAGAGUGUUGCACCGGGCAUUGAUUUCCCGACAAAUGAAGCGACUGUAUUUUUUGAAGUGACGUAUCUUAUCAUUGGGAAUCAAUUGGAUAUUCGUGGAACAAUAGACACAAAAAUGUUGUCACAAAAGACAGAAUAUAAUGCUUAUUUGGUGUUCAAGUUGGCCAACACUAUGCACCUUCCAAGAUUGCAAGAAAGUGGGAAUAUCCAAAAAAUGAGAGGAGAUGGAUGGAUGGAAGUAAAAUUGGAAUAUUUUGAUAGCAAGAAAGGCACUGACGGUCCUGUUGAAGCGAGACUGUUUGAGAUGAGUCAUAUUUACCAAGGUGGACUUAUUGUUGAAGGAGUCGAGUUUCGUCCAAAAUGA